GAUUCCCUGACUAGACCACGCAGCCGUCCCGUGUUUCUCACUUCUUCAGUUAGUCCAUCUCUUAUUACACCGUAGGAUUUUUCGGCUCUUGUCCAUUUCUGCUUUGGUCUAAUGCUCCACCGCCCAACCCUUAUUAAGGUGCAUAGACCUGUCUCUCACUCACUCCAAAUGAGCUAUCUUUCUUAUUGAAGAGAGGAGGCUUGGAUAAUCAAAUAAGUUUUCAUCUUAAUUGGAAGAGUAUGGAUGAGAUGAGGCAAUCUCUACUGCUGCUGGCUAUGGAACUGGAAGAUACAAGACUAAAGGCGCAAGAAGAGAUUAAAGGUAGAGAUUGUGAAAUAGCCCAACUGAAAGAUAUGCUGAAUAGAGUCAUGAAAGAAAGGGAUGAUAUGUUGCUUAAGAAGCUUUUGCUUCAACAACAACAAUCGGCUCCACAUUCUGGGAUUUCGAGCACUGAAGAUGAUCAUCCCAGAAUAGGAAUUGACUCCACUUAUGGUUUUUCUUCAUCAGAUUGUGAAGAAAGCAUUGUUUCAUCACCACUCCAAUUGCCACCGGCAGAAACUGAACUGGAGUUACCAGUAUCGAUAGUGAUUGACCGGCCAUUGCCAGAAAAGGGAAAGCUUUUACAAGCAGUGAUGAAAGCAGGUCCACUCCUGCAGAACCUCCUUCUGGUUGGUCCUCUUCCACAAUUCUACUCUUUGUGGAGUAUUUAUAGGAGUCAAAUCAUGGAGUUACGGACGAAAUAG